CAUGUUCAUCUAUCUUUCAGGUCAAAGUUAGAAAUUGGAAAGAUUUUAUUAGGAAGGAGUCUUCAUGGGAGCUGGUGCAUAAGAAGAACAUUUGCUACAGGAGUAUAUAAAUUGCCAUGGAGCUUCAGGUCCUGUUGUAGGAAUAAUUUGCAAUCCAACUUCGAGCCUCCCAGUUGUGUCAAAAGGGCCCUGAGCUCUUUUGUUUUAAGUCCAAGGAUGGCCCCUAUAGAAAAACAAGAUGUUGGUCUUACUGUGCAAAACUACAUUAAAGACAACUCCGUCGUGGUCUUCAGUAAAUCAUUUUGUCCCUUCUGUCAUGAGGUGAAAAGCAUCUUCCAAACUUUGGGUGUGAAUUUUCAUGCCUUGGAGCUUGAUCUCAUUGAGGAUGGAGAUGCCAUUCAACGCCAUUUGCUACAGCUGACUGGGCUAAGGACAGUACCAAAUAUAUUCAUCAAACAGAAACACAUUGGUGGGGCUGACAAGCUGAAGGAACUACAACGUGCAGGUCGCUUAAAGCAAAUCAUCCAAGGAGAGAUGGCACCAACAGAGCCAGCAAAACCAAAGACUAAUUAUGACUAUGAUCUUGUUGUCAUUGGAGGAGGUUCUGGAGGACUCUCAGCCUCCAAGGAGGCAGCAUCCCUGGGGAUGAAAGUUGCAGUUUUUGAUUAUGUGAUUCCAACUCCCUUGGGAACAACUUGGGGUCUUGGAGGUACUUGUGUUAAUGUUGGAUGCAUCCCUAAGAAGCUCAUGCAUCAAGCAGCCCUCCUUGGGCAAGCCAUCAAGGAUGCAAAGUCCUAUGGCUGGGAAGUACCUGACAAUGUCAACCACAAGUGGGAAGAUCUGGUCAUGGAAGUACAAAAUUACAUUGGCUCUUUGAACUGGGGCUAUCGAGUUGCCUUGCGGGACAAGAAUGUGGAUUAUUUCAAUGCCUUUGCCUCAUUUGUUGACCCGCACACUGUCAAGUCUCUAGAUAAGAAGAAAAAGGAAAAGGUAGUGACAGCAGAGAAGUUCAUCAUAGCUACUGGUCUACGCCCAAGAUAUCCAGAUAUUCCGGGAGCCACAGAGUAUGGGAUCACCAGUGAUGACAUCUUUUCCCUUCCAUAUCCUCCAGGAAAGACCCUCUGCGUUGGUGCAUCUUACGUCUCCCUUGAGUGUGCUGGCUUCCUUCAUGGUGUUGGUUUUGAAUCUGCUGUCAUGGUACGUUCAAUACUCCUACGAGGGUUUGAUCAGCAGAUGGCCAAUUUGGUUGGAGGUUACAUGGAGCAGCAAGGGAUUCGCUUUAUCAAACAGUGCAUACCAACCAAGAUAGAAAAAAUUGAGGAUGGUACUCCACCCACUCUCAGGGUGACAGGAAAGUAUGUUGAGACAGGAGAGGAGAUUAUAGAGGAAUUCAACACUGUCCUUUUUGCCAUUGGCCGAGAUGCCUGCACAAAGGGAAUAGGUCUUGAAGAUAUUGAUGUCAAGAUCAACCCACAGAAUCAGAAAGUGAUAUGUGAUAAGUCAGAACAGUCUACACAGGAGCAUAUUCAUGCUAUUGGUGAUAUUCUUGAUGGAAAGCUGGAGCUCACACCCGUGGCUAUCCAUGCUGGCAAACUUCUGGCCCGGAGGUUGUUUGCUGGGAGGAAAGAGCUGACAGAUUAUGUGAAUGUACCAACAACUGUGUUCACCCCUCUUGAAUAUGGGUGUGUGGGAUUCUCUGAAGAGGCUGCCAUCCAGAAAUAUGGAGAGGAGAACAUCGAGGUCUAUCAUACACAUUUCACUCCACUCGAGUUCACAGUUUCUCAUCGUGAUGAUAAUGCCUGCUAUGGGAAACUGGUUUGUGUGAAGUCUGAAGAGAUGCGUGUUAUUGGAUUUCAUGUCCUGGGUCCAAAUGCUGGUGAAAUGACACAAGGCUUUGCCCUUGCUGUGAAGAUGGGUGCCAAGAAAUCUGAUUUUGAAUCCUUGAUUGGGAUCCAUCCCACUAAUGCCGAGACAUUCACCACAUUGGACCUAACGAGACGGUUGAACCCGCAACCCAAGAAGACUGGAUGCUGAGGUUAAGCCCUGCUGACAUAUGCAGCCAAUCUCUUGGCUCCAAGAGAAGUGUGACUUUGUCCUUAUACCUUGGAAAAGGAGUUCUCCCAGGUCCUUAGUGAUUUAGUGGUGGAGCUGAGGUAUUUGGCUGCGCUGUCAGCAGGAUUUCUGAUAAAUCUUCAAGCUUGUCAUCUGCCUUGCUCUCGUAUAUCGAGUUGAAUGAUGUCCUCUGCUCGAAAGUCAUUUACUUGACUGGGCAAGGACUGAUGACUAGGCAGAAAGACAAGCGAAUCGAAAAUGAGCAUCAUCCCCCAUGCUUCUUAUGUGAAUACACAUUUUUAUGCUGUAUGCUAAUACCUUUUCGAGUAGUUCAUGUUUCAGUCAUGCCUUCUCUGAUAACGACUUGAAAAAAUUGCUG